GCAAGCAGACGGCUUCUCCUCUCCUCGGCUGAAUCUCCGGCGACUGCAGCGCCAGCACCACCGAGAACAUGGGACGUCAUUGCAGCCAUGGUUUCUAGCUCAUCUGCGACUUCACGAUUCAAUUGCGAAUUCAGUCGUUUGAACUAGCGUGAUUCAGUUUCAAUGCCACCAUUACAGAAGGGCGAGGAAGACACCACCUUCUCGUCGUGAUCCCCAUGUACAUUAUGCGCUAGCUCAUGACACAGGGUCUGCCGUACUUCAUUCUUGUUCAGUCCGAGCAGAUCCGGUCGCUCACGGGGGUCUAGUUCAGUCAAGACACCCACGGAGAAGGAAUGCAGCUUCAUGACAUGUUGGAUCGCCUUAUCAUUCGACAAGCGACGCAGGUAACUCAGAGCAGAGUCGGGGUCGGGAAGAUGAGGUAGGGGAACGAUGUUGUGGAAUCGAUACGACUUUCCAGCAGAGACGUCGAAGGGAUCGAGACCUUGACGGGAGCCUUCAAAGCCCUCUCCCUUAGAAUUCGUUCCCGUUUACGGGCCUGUGCCUCAUUGGCUUGCAUUUCGUCCAACUCUAAUAGUGUUGGCCCAACCAACUGGAUCUUGAUGCCGUCCUUGAAAUUUGCUUGUCGGAGUGUCAUAUCGGGUUGGAUUCCACCCUUGGGACUGCCCUUGUAAAGCAGCUUCUGAAGAUUCGAAGGGACCGAGGUCAAGUCUUCUAGUGCAGCAGACAUGUCUGCUACGGCGCUUUCGGGAGAAAGCGAUAGUCGAUGCUGAGUUCCUCUUCUACCGCAACUUGAUACAGACCAAGCACUGAAGAUCAUGUAUUCUCCUGACGGGGGUAUGACGGUCACUCCGCGAAUGAGAGAACUGAUUUCUCGCUCCGGAAAACUCAAAUCUAUGGAAGGUGGCCAGGAACUCCGGGACUUGUAUCGAGCUGGAAGCAUCGACAUGGAUCCAUUCAAAUUCUCUCGAUUCGGGUUCCAUGUCUUCACUGGGACGCUCGAACUAGUGAAAGAGGACGUGGAAAAUGGUACCGCUCCUGAUCUGGCGGGAUACGAGACUGCCUACCAGACCAGUUAUGCUUCGCUGGUUGCCCUGGGCUCUCAACGCUUUCGUGAUGGUCCACCACAAAGCGGGAAACACCUUGAAACACUCAAGUACCUGCUCUCGAAGGGUCUCCCCCCAGACGGAGAAGACAUCGUUGGCUAUACGGCUGUGCAUCAUCUAGCCUCGUCCCCCGAGCCGAGAGAUGAACUGCUGCGGUGCCUGCUGGAGAACGGGGCGAAUGUCGAUCAUCAGAACCGAUAUGGAGAGGCUAGUUCUGUUGCUAGUGUCUCAGACAAUCGAAUUGACACCCACGGAUAUGUAGGUUCCGCUGAUGGGUCCUAUGAUGCUCAAUAUGAUCCAAACUAUCGAUAUUUUAAUGGAGUUCAACGCGUCCCUGGAUAUCCCCGAGGCCGACGGGAUCACUCCUCGUCGUCAUUUCUUGGGCUGUGGUCCACGAGUGACGGCGGCGGUAACCAAGUGGAUCAGAAAGCGGAACAAGUUGCGAGGUACUGUUCCGUCGACUGCCAGAGAAGCGCAUGGCCGACCCACAAACGCACCUGUAACCCUUUCUCUCACUCGAACACCGUCGUCCUGAUACCUCACUAUCAUGCCUACAAUAACACAAUUCCUACCGCAGACCUCACGCGGCGCGCUAUGGGUUAUCCCUCGGAAGCUGAAGCCUGGUCCAAGAACAAGAUGCGUGGUGCCCAUGCUCCCAAAAAGGUCGAUAAAGAAUCCAAAUCAAUUACCAUCAAAGUCCAAGUGCCUUGGAACUUCCAGGGCGAUUUGGAAGCGUCGAAGAAGAGCUCGGGAGAUUUGUUGGUGUAUACGAAAAAGCGAGACUUUGCUUGUACGAUCAGGAAGCGGGACGCGCCCGCUGAGUAUGAUCGAAUUGCAGCAGUCGUCAGGGAGAAGGGUGUUGGGGGUGCAAAGGCUUAUUUCGCUGCUGAGCUGGAAAGCAGGGAUCGGCUGGUCGUCAAAGUGACAGAAGUUCUUGCUGAGCAGCCGUGGUAAAGACCUAUGAGAAGUGAUUCAGAUAUCUCUGUGAUUGUACAAUGACUCUCAAUGAACGGACUCGAGUUCAAC